AACCUCCCUCCCAAGCCUAACCACCUCAUAUUUAACAGACAACCAUCCUUCCAUGCUUGAUUCCUGCUAAUUUCUUCUCCACCAAUCUUACCGUCAUUAUCUACAGGCUGUUCAUCACCGUUCUUCUUCUUCCUCCUCCAUAUCAGCAACACAGCAAUGUUCAUCGACACUAGUACCCACACUACGCAUAGCAAGAACCUCCAGUUCAGCCAGUUGCUGGCCGCCGCGGUCGCCGCCAUCGUCACCAAUUUAAAGCAAUUUGCGCAAAGGGACUUUCUUUAAACAAAAGAUAAAUCGUUUCUUGCUAUGGGGGCAUAUAUCCCUCAGUGUAUAGUGUGUAGCCUAGGGUAUUUAUGAAACCGGUCAAGGAGGCUUAGAUUCUUACAAAGGAAAGGAAUAAGAGAGACGCAGACAGCCGUGUUGAUUAAAUGGUGAGUGGCGCCAGUGGAUUGGACGACCUGAAGAAGAGGAGCAGGGAGAGUGGCGUCUGGCGGCGGAGUCGACGACUGGCGUGUCUCAGUGUCGGAGCAGGGAGAGACGGAGAGGCGCGACCGGUAAUGGUGUCGGAGAGGCGGAGCCGGAGCGAAGUAAGAGCAGGGGGAGGGCGGCCGUCGGAUUGGGAGUCGGGACUGGAGAUGGAGAAGAGGAGUCGCGGUGCCGGUCUCGCCGGAGAGGAAGAGGAGUCGCACUAUCGCAACUCGCAGAGAGGAAGAGAGGAGUCGCGCGGAGAGGAAGAGAGGAGUGGCGCCGAUUAGGGUUUGUGAAUUUGUGAUCUGCGAUUUCCGAUUAGGGUGGGAAGGGAAUUAGGGAAGUGGGCUAAGCCUGGGGAGUGGGUGUCUGGGCUGGGGGACGGGUAAUUUUGAUUUGUAGGGUUAUGUCCGGGUAUCCACGGGUCGUGUUCCCCCAAACCCGAACCCGACCCAACCAGCCACCGGGUUUAAACCUGAACCCGGCCCGAACCCGGUCAACAAGGAUUUUACCCGAUUUGACCGGGUUGGGUCGGGUCGGGUACCUGCGGGUCCGGGUUGAACUGCCAUCCCUAAUGGUGUAGUUGGUUGUCACGUUAGUCUCACACACUAAAGGUCCCCAAUUUGAACCUGGGCUCAGACAAUAGUAAUUUUUUUAUGGGCUUUAACUUUCUAUAUGGGCCAGUCCACUUUCUGUAUAUGUUUCUAAUAAUGUAUUUUUGGUGGG